AAGUAGAUAGGAAUGACCCAAUUAAUUAAAGCAUUAAAUUUUUCCCCUGCAAGGACAAAGAGCAAACCCUUUGUUUGUUCAUCGAUCGUAAACCAUGGCUCUUGUGAGAGCAGCUCAAGGAACAUCCUCUGAUUCCAACACUCGUCGGGGUUACCGUUACGAUGUUUUCUUGAGUUUCAGAGGCGAAGACACUCGCAGGAAUUUUACCGACCACCUAUACACAGCCUUGAACAACGCAGGAUAUCUAACGUUUCGAGAUAACGACGAGCUUGAGAGAGGAGAAGAUAUCAAGCCAGGACUACAGAAAGCAAUCCGGCUGUCACGAACAUCUGUUGUCGUGUUUUCGAAAUAUUACGCGUCAUCCAAAUGGUGCCUUGAUGAGCUUGUCAUGAUCCUUGAACGCAAGAGGACUACCUCGGAUCAUGUAGUAUUACCAGUCUUCUACGAUAUCGAUCCAUCCCAUGUGAGGAAGCAGACGGGAAGCAUUGGAAAAGCAUUUGCUAGACACGAGAAAACUCAGUUGCCGAAUACGGUGAAGCGAUGGAGGAAGGCUCUUGCAGAGGUUGCUGAUCUAGCAGGGAUGGUCUUACCAAAUGAAGCUGAUGGGUACGAGUCAAAGUUUAUCACAAAAAUUGUUAAGGUGAUUGGUGACAAGCUAAUUCGCACACCCUUGAGUGUUCAAUCCAACUUGAUCGGAAUCCAAUCUCGAGUCAAACGCAUCAAUCUAUGGUUACAAGAUGGAUCUGAUGAUGUUGGUAUAGUUACUGUGUAUGGGAUGUCUGGAAUAGGGAAGACAACCAUUGCUAAAUGUGUAUACAAUUCAAAUUUCACAAGUUUUGAAGGAAGCAGCUUUGUUGAAAAUAUCAGAGAAACGGCAAAUCAACCGAAUGGGUUAGUUCAAAUACAAAUGCAAGUUCUUUAUGAUAUUUUGAAGGGGAAAAAGGAGAAAGUGCACAACGUCAGCGAAGGAAUAAGUAAGAUUGAAAGAGCCAUAUGCUCUAGAAGAGUUCUUCUUGUUCUUGAUGAUGUAGACCGUAUGGACCAAUUAGAUGCAUUACUACGGAUGAAAGAUCGGUUUUAUCCCGGAAGUAAAAUAAUCAUAACAACAAGGCGUGAAAGGUUGCUAAAGGCACUUCAAGUUACUAUGGUGCAUGAAGUUGGAACUUUGGGUUACGAUGAAUCAUUAGAGCUCUUCUGCUGGCAUGCUUUUGGCCAGGACCAUCCCCGUGAAGGUUACAUGGAAUAUUCAAAAGAGCUAGUGCAACAUUGUGGAGGACUUCCAUUAGCUCUUCAAGUUUUGGGUUCUUCUCUGUUAGGUGAAAGUGUGGGUGUGUGGAAAAGUGCAUUGGAGAAGCUAAAAGUUAUUCCUAAUGAUGAAAUCAUGAAUAAACUGAGAAUAAGCUAUGAUAGUUUACAAGAUAACCAUGACCGGCAAUUAUUCCUCCACAUUGCUUGUUUCCUAGUAGGAAGGGACAAAAACUACAUUGUUAGAAUACUAGAUGGAUGUGAUUUCUUUACAAAUGUUGGCAUUCAAAAUCUCAUUGAUAGAUCCUUGGUGAAAAUUGAAGCCGACAAGGUGAAAAUGCACGAUCUGAUUCGUGAUAUGGGAAGAGAAAUAGUUCGCCUAGAAUCAGAAGAGCCUGAGAAACGUAGUAGACUAUGGCGCCAUAAGGAUUCUUUCGAAGUAUUGAGGGAAAAGACGGGUACCCAAACAAUCCAAGGUCUUGUCUUGGAUAUGCAUAGGCAUCCUGCAAACAGUCCAAUAAACACAAAUGUGACUGUCUUGGAAACCAAUGCAUUUGAAAGGAUGCACAAAUUGCGACUACUCCAUCUUAGAAGCGUACGGCUGGAGGGAUGUUAUGCAGAUUUCCCUACAAGAUUAAGAUGGUUGUGUUGGCUUGAAUUUCCUUUGGAUUCUAUACCAAUUGAUUUUCCUUUGGAGUGUCUAAUUGUUCUUGAAAUGCAAUAUAGUAGCUUGAGAGAAGUCUACAAAGGAACAAAAUUUCUUCCAUCAUUGAAGAUCCUUGAUGUGAGCCAUUCUCAUGGCCUUAGUCAAACCAUGGACUUCUCAUACUGCCCCAAUCUAGAGGAAUUGAUUCUUGAAGAUUGUGGAAGCCUGCUUGAUGUUCAUGAAUCCAUUGGAAACCUAGAGAGACUUGUGUACUUGAAUCUGAAGAAUUGCAAGAACCUUAGGAUGCUUCCAAAGAACAUGUGCAUGCUAAAAUCACUUGAGACUCUCAUUUUAUCUGGGUGCUCAAAUCUUGUUGAGAUGACGAAGAAGAUGGAAUCUUUAAAAAUGCUCGAAACAGAUGGAAUUCCCAGAAGUGAAUUAUGGCCUGGAAGAAGUUCAAGUAUCUUGACUUAUUUGCCAUGUUCUUUAGUAGAGUUAAGUCUUCGUAGCUGCAAUCUUUCUGAUGAUGCCUUUGCUACGGAUUUAAGUAAUCUAUCCUCAUUGCAAGUACUAUAUUUAGAUGAUAAUCCAAUUUCUAGCCUACCUGUUUUCAUCAAAGGUUUGACGAAGCUCUGGUUACUCUCUUUUGAUAACUGUGAGAGGCUCGAAUCACUUGUGGGGUUGCCAAAAAUAACACACAUGGAUGUAUAUGGUUGCAUAUCACUAAAACAAAUAACCUAUCAAUCCUAUGGGUUGAGAGCGUUGACCUAUAUGGGUGAGAACCGCAAUGUACUUGAGGUCGAGUACUAUGACAACUUAGAACAAAUUGAAAGAGUUGACGUGGAAAUGAGGAAACUUUUCAGUUUGCACAACUUGGAGAUGAGGAAACUUUUCAGCUUGCAAAAUUUUGAAGAAGUUGAUGGGGUUUGGAGUCCCGUUCAGGGACUUGAUCGACAUGGUAUAUAUAGCACAUUCUUUUCUGGGAAUGAGGUUCCUGGCCGGUUCAGCUAUAGAAGUACAGGGUCCUCAAUAUCUUUUAUUGUGCCUUCUCUUUCAAAUCAUAAAAUUCGGGGCUUGAAUAUCUUUGCUACCUAUGCAAACGAGAACAAUAUGAGUUAUUCGGGGAAUGAUCCAUUUAUGAGUAUUGAAGUGAGCAACAAGAGCAAGGGUAUGAAGUGGACCUAUGGCCCACGGUUCAGUGGUCCUGGUUGGGGAGAAGAUGUGACAUGGUUGAGCCAUUGGAAAAUGGACAAUGAAACAAUAAUAUUAGAAUGUGGAGAUGAAGUGGUUGUUUCCGUAAUGACGAGGAGACCUGAUGAGCAUAUUCAGGUAAAGGAGUUUGGGGUUGAGCUUGUGCAAGAGCACCAAGACCAGAUGAGUACCCAACACAACACCACUCCAGAUCCUAAUGAUCCAUUUGUCAUCGGUGGAGAUUUGUCACCGCUGGAACACAUUUCAGGACUAUACGACUUUUGCUGGUUCGAGGAAGCAGAAAUGAAAAAUGUUGACUUAUGUAGGCCGAAAUGGUUGAAUACCCUCAUCAUGGACUCAGACAAAGAAGAAGAGCAACAGAACGAUCUUGAUCACAAAAUUGCAGCAGCGAGUGCCAGAGGCAAUAACUGCCAUCUGAGAGGAUGGAGGGGGCUAGUCACUGCUGCCAUCUUCCUUCUCACGCUAACUCUAAUCGUUCCGCCCUCCAUCUCUCGAAAAAAGAAGCGACAGUAGUCCAAAAGCCCUCCACGAGUUUUUUAUUUUACUAGAUAUAGACAUCUCUGCAUUAUCACCUUGUCCUCAAGAUGUUUUCUGCCUUCAAACACAAGAUUUCGGCACGGGGGAAAGCAAGAACAUCCGCUUUGCUUAUGUGUCAAAGUACAGAUCUGAAUUGUCAUUUGCAACAAAAUUGUGUAAAUUACAUAAAUAUCAGUACAACAAAUAUUAGCCUUACCUACACCACGGAAGCUGGUUUUUGCUUCAACCCGAACAAAUUAUUGAGGUCAGGAAGCAUCGGAGGAACGGCCCUAGUCUCUGGGGGGCCAUGAAAUUUACUAUCUUCUCGUGAACAUUGUACCUACAAAAGCAUAAUACAACAAGCCUUCAACAA